AUGUGCAAGCACAUUCUCAACGCCCAGGUCGCGAUCAGAUCUCCAUGCUGCCGCAAGUGGUUCGACUGUGCCGAAUGCCACGGCGAGCAGGAAAGCCACCCUCUCCUCCAGUCCCUCGAAAUGAUCUUUGCCUGCAAAAAGUGCAAGAAGUGCUUUCGCAAAGACGCGCAAGAAUUCGAGGAAAGUGACGAAUACUGCCCCCACUGUGACAACCACUUCGUCAUCGACGCCAAGACACCCAAGGCCGCUCUGUCCGUUGAAAGCGACGACGUGAGGAUGAACAACAAAAUGCUCAAGGAUGAGAGGACCAAGCAGAGGAAGCUGAAGAGCAUCUUUGAUCCGGACGACGAUGCUGAUAGGCUGGGCUGA